CACGCACAUGACAAAUCGAAGUGUUAGACAUAAGAACAAAGGCCCACGGGCGUACCUAUUCAAUUUCCAGUUUCUCUGACAAAAAAGCUCAAUCUUCUACCCAAAUCCAAAACCCUUUUCGCAGGUCCGUUGCUCUUCCAGUUUAACCGCUUGGGUUUUCCCAAAUUCCAUCACUUUACCGAGAAAGUUCAAUUGGAGCGAAAGAACUCAUUUUCCCGGAAAACCCAGUUUUGCAGAAUACUGAUGUAACCAGUUCCUUAUUUUCUCUUUCAAUUUCGUCCGAUGACGAGCGUGAACAUCAGCCGGGACUCGUUGUGUCGACCAUUUGAGCGAUGCUCCCGUUUCCUUCCCUGUCUCUCCGAUCCCGCUCGGAGGUCUGCUUUGGGAUUAAAAGUUGCAUUGGUGAUGCUACAUCUAAUAUACCCCGGCUUAAUUUUUCUGUUUGAUGGAGGUUUGAUUGAGAAAACGAAAAAGGAACCAUGGUAUACUGCUAUAUAUUUGACUCUCUAUGUUGUGACAUUGAUUCAAUACUUUGUUACCUCUGGUUCUUCUCCUGGCUAUGUCGUGGAUGCAAUGAGGACUGUCAAUGAGUCAAAUACAAUAUUCAGAAAAGCAUCAGGAAUCUCAAAACAGCCUGCUCCAAGCAAAACUGGCAGUGUGGUUGUGACAGUGGAACGGAAUCAGUUGGGAAGAAGUCUUCUGGGAAAUAAUGCAACAUCUUGGACCAAACUUGUGAUGGACUUGUAUCCGCCUGGAACGUCUGUUAGAAGUUUGACUUGCUCGUACUGUAAUGUUGAGCAGCCCCCGAGAUCAAAGCACUGUCAUGAUUGUGACAAAUGUGUUCUUCAGUUCGAUCAUCAUUGUGUUUGGCUCGGAACAUGCAUUGGUGUGGGUAAUCAUUGUAAAUUUUGGUGGUACAUUUGUGAAGAGACAGCACUGUGCCUGUGGACCGCGGUCCUAUACAUCACUUACCUGAAGGCUAAUAUAUCAGUCGCUUGGUGGAAGGAUGCAAUUGUGAUAUUGCUGCUGGUUACUUUGUCAAUUAUCAUUAUCUUUCUGCUCCUCCUGCUGAUAUUUCAUAGUUAUCUAGUUCUGACCAAUCAGACUACUUAUGAGCUUGUAAGACGAAGGCGCAUCCCAUAUUUAAGAGGAAUACCCGAGAGAGUUUAUCCCUUCAGUAAAGGAGCAUGCAGAAAUUUAUACGAGUUUUGCUGCGUUCGAAGCAGUAAUUACAGAAUGGAACCAUUUCCGACAGCACAGCAACUUGAAGAAAAGUCUAGACCUUACACCUGUUGUGAUGUUGUAACCUGUCGUUGUUGCUGACAUUGUGAGGUUUGUAUCAUUAAUUUGUCAUUCGUUUUACCUUAAAUUUAUAGGGAGCACCAACCGGGGCCAUAUCUGCGCAUCGGCGCAUGUAUUUUGUUUAGAUAGCUCCAAAAUAUGGUGACCGGAAAUGGUUAAGUCGGAACUGGUUCAGGGUCUAUGGUUUGUACUUUAUUUUAGGCUAGAUCUUUAGGCUUGUCAUGAAGUCGGUUUUGAUCGUAUUGUUUUUUGCUGGAUAAGAGAUUCCGAAUUAUUUGUGCCAGUUUAUAUACGCAGCUGAACUCUUCCCAUAA